AUGCGCACUUUUCUGGAGCUGUUCUGUCUGGUCCUAUCUGCACUAUUCCGCCAGUGUCUAGAAGUAAGCGAUGCUGCAAUUCUCUCAUGCUGCCACGUACAGCCGGCCGGAUUCUGGCAGCCACGACAGCCUCUUCAGCUGCAAGUAAAGAUAUGCAGGACGGGCAGAUCUUUAGCUGGGAGUCUUAUGCCACGCGUUUCAUUUAUUCUCCAUCCGCGAGCCAAUCUCCUUACCAGGACCAUUGUAGGAUGUUUCAGCAGACCGUUGGGCCCCUUCUGUUCGUCUAUCGACCACAAACGUGAGAGACAAUUUCACUUAAAACAAGUUGAUACAGGGCGGCCUCCAGAACUACCAUCAGCAGCAACACAAACAGCAGAUGAAUAUGCUAACCCAGGUGGUUCUGUGAUGAGCUCCGCAUUUUUUGAGGUGGCUCGCAGAUGGCUCAGCCUCUCUAAGGUCUUCCGGGGGGCCCCCACAGCAGAAUCCCGUAUAAAAAUUUUGAUGCACCUGGCAUUUCAGGAAACCAAUGGCAGCGAUUUCCGAAAUUUCGCGGGUAAGCGGCGGCUCACGCGCAUCAAGCAGUCUGCGCACGGCCCAAGUGCCGCAUCAGAGGCGCUUGAAUCGGGCUCAGCAGCAGGAGUUGAUGAAGCAUCAGUCUCUCCAAGCUCCUCAGAUUUAGGUCUCAGUGAUGUAUGGAGGCCCGUCACCGGUUGUGCAGCGAUGGCCGCAGUUAAAGUUUCACUUCAUUCCCCCGUGAGGCCGCAACAGAGGAGCUUGACCACCAGCAUCACGAGCAACAGCCAGCUGUGCUGUGUCGCAGCAAAGCAGGGAGCAAAAGUGCACGUUCAUGGGGAGAGUGAUUCACUUGUUGUUGGGGGUUUACUACAACUGCUCUCUAGAAGCCUCAGUGGGAGUGCUCCCUGCGGGGUGUUUGCCCUGAGCGCCGUAGGGCCCACUAAGCUUCUGCAGUUUAGCAGUUUACUGAAUUUGCUACCGGACUCGAGAGUGCGGGGCUUUCGGACGGCCAUGCACAUUCUUAUGAGCUCCACACAAGACCUGCUACAACGAUACUUUUGCAACGAGGUCCUCCCGCCUUCUGCCGAUCUGCCUCAGAAUGCACAUGGGGAACAAGGUACUGCUCCAAGCAAACAAGGCAUCACAACAGGUAGAGCACAGGCUAAAGUGCCAAAAGGGACGUUGCUGAGGCCGCCACCAGCCGCACGUGAUGCUUUAUCUGGAUAUCGCCAAGAGCCUCACGGGGACAAGUGGAGCAACCAGAUCCCACAGCAUGCGCUUCCCUCCAUACCGCACUCCGAGGAAAUAGCUACGUUAGCGGCUAAAAGCCGUGUCUCUCUUCCUCUUAGUGACGGUGCUGGGGCUGAGGUUCAUGUUCUUGUGUCGGGUGGAGUAGACUCUGCAGUCUCUCUGGUUUUGAUGCGUGAGUGGGGCUUCAGGCCUAAGCCUAUUUUUCUAAAGGUUUGGGCCCCUGAAGCCGCUCAGAUGAAGGAACAAAUGCAGGGGAGGUAUCAUCAGGAAAAACUUGAUGUUGCUGCUGCGUCUGCGACGGCGGCAGCGGCUUGCCCAUGGCAAGAGGAUGCAAAAGCAGCAGCUGCCGUAGCAGCAGCAGCGGGGCUUUCUCUGGAGGUUGUACCCAUGCAGCAGCAGUACUGGGAUAGAGUCAUCUCCGGCUUUUUAGAAGGGGCCCGGGCGGGCCUCACACUCAAUCCGGACUGGAGUUGCAACUCCUCAGUAAAAUUUGGAGCUUUCGCAGAGACACUGGGCGCAGUUGACUACAGAAUCGCCUCGGGACACUACGCAAGGAUCUUAAUUGACGAGGGUUGUCCUCGCUUGUUGAGGGGAGUGGACCUGACGAAAGACCAAUCCUACUUCCUCUCUGGUCUGUCUUCACUCCAGUUAUCACGUUUGCUUUUCCCUGUGGGUGCUCUCCUGAAGACCCAGGUGCGGAAGAUUGCGGUAAGCUGGAGUCUGCCAUCAUCUCAGAGGCCGGACAGCCAAGGCCUUUGCUUCUUGGGUCCUCUAGCUGUAAGUCAGUUCCUUAUGCACCUGCUUGGAGAGGAGGAGGGACCAGUGAUUCAUUUUCCUACAGGCGUUUCUAUUGGCCGGCACAAGGGCCUUUGGGGCUUCACUGUGGGACAGCAAAAGGGUGUUGUGCCUCUCCUCGAUCCCCGCCUCUGCCGCCGUUGCCACGGAGCCUCUGGAGGUCCUCCAAAGCUUUCAGGUCCUUGGAGCGUCGUUGGAAAGCUCCCCGAAGCAAAUGCGCUUUUUGUAGUAAGUAAGGAGGAAGAGGCGGCAGCAGAAGAACGCCUGCGAGCUUUGGCAACAGAACCUGGGAAUUACUCGGAGCAGUUGGGAGCUCCCUUGUUGAAGGCAGCGGCAAAUGGUGACAAGGCAGCAGCCUUGGCUCUGAAGCUCAGACAGCUUAGAACGUGCCUACGAGUGGACAACAUUAGGUGGUUUAGCGGAAAGGCCCCAGCGGACUUCGCUGCUUCUGCAAUGCUUCAACCGGGCUCCUUGCUAGAGGAAGGUCCUGCUUUGGCAGCGGUUGCAGCAAGUGCAGUGGCUGCUGCAAGGACAAACACUGCACUACCUAUGGAAAGCCCUGCUGAAAGUUUUCUUACGGGAUCCUCCAAGGGUGGAACAGGGCUUAUAGUACAGGUGAGGCACAGUGCGGGCUUCCACGGUGUAGCGAAGCACAACUUCAAGGUCCUUUGCGUCUCACGGGGCCACUCAGGAGCUUCAGGGCCCAUUGAAGAGGCGGAACUGCUGCUGGGGGAGCCAGAUGUGGGCCUUGCCCCUGGGCAGGUUGCUGCAUUCUAUAGAGAUGAUGAAUGUAUAGGGUCAGGGACGAUUUCCGCCCUUCAAGGCUCUUUUGCAUUGAAGAACAUCAUUGACAAGUUGGGCUAG